CCACGCGGCGAAGCAAACUAAACCAUCUCGCCGGCUCGACGCUCGCUCGCAGCUGCCUCCAUCUAUCCACCUCCUCGCCCUGCCGCCCCGACCUUAAAACAAUCCGGCCAACCAACCCCACUGCCCGAUCAGGCGAUCACCACCACACCACAGCUACAUCCACCGCAACCCGACGCACUGCCCACGACGGACUGCUGUCUGUCUUGGCGUGCAGGUUCCGACGGCGCGUGGGGCAUGGAGAAGAAACUGCCGCUGGCGCUGGCGCUGGCGCAGAAGCACGGCGCCGGGGAGCCCGCGUGGGCGCGGCCGUGGCGGUGGGCCAAGACGGCCUUCUUCCUCGUCGCCAUGCUCGCCUCGCUGCUGCUCGUCUGCGCGCCGCCCCUCCUCGUCGUGCUCCUCGACCUCGCCCUCCCGCCCAUGCUCCUCUCCGCGCACCUCCGCGCCGGCGCCGACCCCCCGCACCGCUCCUUCCUCCCGGCCGUGCUCGACCAGGCGCGGGCGUUCGAGUUCCGGUCCUCCCUCGUCGACCUGCCCGCCGUCUCCGCCGCGCGAGCCCUGCUCAUCCUCUGCGCGUACACGGUGUGCGGGGGAGGAGGAGGCGCGUACCUGUGGGUGGUGGCGGCGAGCGCCGCGGCGUCCGUGUCGUACGUGCUGGCCAAGGCGGCCGCCGUGCUGCCGCGCGGCGCCGCGCCGCAGGGGAAGGGCGCCGCCGGGCCGGAGCCCAUGCUCCUGCUGUCCCUGUCGCUCGCGGCCGCGCACCUCGCCGUCGCGUACCGGACCAGCUGCCGCGAGCGCCGCCGCUUGCUCGUCUACCGGAUCGACGUGGAGGCCGUGAGUACCCUCGCCCCCUCGCCACCUCGCCUUUACUUCUCCGUAAAUUGCACUGCCAUCCAUGGCUGAAAAAAUCCACGUUUGCGUGAUGAAAGAUAAUACUCUACUACUAUCUCGCCGAGCCGAAGGCGUGAUUCCUGAGAACAAUCCAGGCAUUAGGCUGGGUUGUCGUCUGUGCUUUCGGUGAGAAAGAGGGUCGAGGAACCAAAUACGAUUCCCUCGCCAAGUCAUUAACGCGUAGCUGCCGAAAUGUUUAAGCUAAAAGGAGUACGCACUAUUCUACUAACAAGGAAAGUAAGUCAUCUAUAAAAAUGUAUCGGACGCUUCUGGCACUCUGCACCGGAUGAGAAAAACAGAGAGCUUUUAUUUUCUGAUUAUUACUGAAUCAGCAUCUGAAAAAAUAGCCAUUUUCAUUUGUGAAUGCAGGUACGGCUGAAAGGAGGCCACCAGACACCCAAGGGGCUCAAGCAGUGCAGCGUCUGACAUGGUGUUCUCAACUUCUCAUCCGUACUUGUAGUACACAGUACUAGUUGGAGAUAGUUUUUCUUGGUAGCCAAAAUUUUGUUAAGUUAUUAUGCAAAAAUUGUGAGGUCCAUCGGUGCUUUUUUGUAAGUGGAGAUACUGUAAAUAUGGAACUGUCGUGCUUAGCUUAGUUCGGCCUCCCGCAAUGCAAUCGCAACGAAAUGCA